CAGUAGAGUGCCUACAACCACAACUGAAAAGACGCUAUAAAGCUUCCAGUCGAAAAAUAAGAAACUCCGAUCUCAGAGGGCCCGGAGGUUAGUACAGACUGUCAACGCCGAAGAUACACUAAAACUUCCAGUUUAGCAGGUUAGACAAUACAAACCUUGUGUUGCACCAAAGACUUGAGCUCCACGCAAACAGCAUGUCUCGCAAGAACCGCAAGUCAUCCAAGCGCCGAGGCACUAAGAGCAAGUCUUCAAAAAGCGACGCGGGCCCGCAGCCUAAAUCUUCAGGAAAGCCAACCGCGGAAGUGAAACCAUGCGUCACAGAUUCCAAGAUCGCUCCCGUCGUAGAGACGAACGACAAUGCCCAGGCCUUUGUAACUCAUAAAAACACGGCAGUAGCAGUUCCCGGUACCACUACGGCUUACGAGGCCCCGCUCGACAGUGCCCCAGGGACACCCGAUCGUUCACACUGGCCUCUACAACUUACCGCUAGCGACACCCAGCAGCAACCCGGCGGCAACCGGCAACUGGGCAGUGGCGAGUCCCUGGCCGACAGGAUGCAGCGUCUGGCGUGUCAGGACGCCUCGUUCAGCUACUUGGGUCCCUGCUACCAUCACUACAACGACCCGUACCUCCAAAAGGGCGGCUGCUUCCCAACGCGCUCGGAGGGCGACGACGACUUGUUGCCGUCGCUUCGAUUCGAACCGAGUCGCACUGCCGUCGGCACCACUGCCCUCGUCGUGCCCAUCGACGGUAUUACGCAGGUGAAAAGCCUCAACUGCAUCAGGAUCACCAAGGAGCUCGAGACCGUCGCUCCCGACGGCAUCCGGAGGGUGCGCCUCAACACGCGCCUCAACCUGCUAGCCGUCGACACGCUGAAGACCGAGGUGACGGCCGCGCUGAUGGGCAUCCGCCGGCUGUGCGGCGUGGCCGUCGAGGUGCACGAGCCGCGCAGCACGUUCAAGGCCGUCGGCGUCGUGAACGGCAUACCGCCCGGCAUGACGGCCACCGACAUCGAGGCCGCCAUACGGUCCGCGGUGCCGGUGCUCAACGUGCGCAUACCGCACCCCCCGAGCCCGGCCAUUGUGACGUUCGCCUCGGCGCAGAUACCGGACUACGUGAACAUCGGGUUCGUCCAGCACAGGGUCCACCUGUACGUCGACCGGCCGGCCCGCUGCAAGCUGUGCGGCCGCAUCGGACACGUCAUGGCCGUGUGUCCAAGGCCGCCAGCCUUCCUCAAAGGCACCUCGGGAGCAGUCAACGGCGACUCGAACUCGGACACGUCCGCGGCGCGGCGGCAGCACUGUCUCAACUGCGGACAGGAUGACCAUGACACCCGGUCCAAGACGUGCCCGCGCUGGCUCGAGCUGCUCGAGGUGUCCCGAUACAGGCGCGUUUACGACGUCAACGCACGAACGGCGAAAGCGGCCGUGGCCGCGUCCAAGGCUAUGGAAGCCAGGAGCCGCUCAGUCAAGGACGACCGACAUCACGUGAUAAGGUGCAUCAACUCCAUGCUGGCCAACUCGACGAGCUCUGACGUCGCAUCGGAAGUGCGGGGAAACACGGCACCGGCACGGAUAGUCUAUACCGUGGAAGAACUCUUGCGGAUCGGACUCGGCACGCCCAUAUGUACCAGGCCUCAACAUUUUGGUACGAGCAGCCGCUGCUUGCAUGCAUGGAGCGCAGCGGGAAGCAUCGCCAGCUUGUUCUUACAGAAGACUUUCAUUGCGUUCGUGAGAAUUUUUUUCACGCCAGUCAGAAGUUUCACGACGGCUUACCACAGACGUUUCAGUUCAUCUAAACCGGCCGGGGACGGAAUGCACAGACCUCGGGAAAAACGAAGCACAGCUGACUUGCCCUUCAUGAUGAAAUAAAAGGUGACCGACUUUAGCGGCUAACUUAGCCCACCCAGUACGAAAGCCGUGGCAGUUUCCAGGUGUUUUACACGUGGAUGCACGUUUUUGUACUGGUUUCAAUAAAUCACAGCAAAUGUCAGAA